AGCUCCAAGCGGCGCUCAUCGGCAUCCAUCCCCAUCCCCACCAUCGACCUGACAGAGGAGGAUUCCCGGGACUCAUCCCGGAGCAGCAGCACGCUCUCCGGCAGCAGCUCCCAGGAGGGACAGAACGGCUCCGCUGAGCUGGGGACUGAGGAAUCCGAGAGCAGGGAUGUGGGGAUGGCGCUGGAAUACCAGGACGGGAAGGAUUUUGGAAUUGGGGAGCUCGUCUGGGGAAAGAUCAAGGGUUUCUCCUGGUGGCCUGCGAUCGUCGUCUCCUACAGAGCCACGGUUUCUGCAGACAAGCUGAUGGGACUCGUGGCCUUUAGGCAGCAUUUCAAUCUGUCCACGUUCAAUAAACUGGUCUCCUACCGCCGAGCCGUAUACCAUGCGCUGGAGGUUGCCCGGAGCCGGUCAGGGAAGACGUUUUCCGCGGCCCCUGGGGAGUCCCUGGAGGAGCAGCUGAAGCCCAUGAUAGACUGGGCACUCACCGGCUUCAAACCCCUGGGCCUCAAGGGACUGCGCCCCCCCAAAGCCUCAGAGAACGGGGUCCUGAGGAACGGGACGGAGGAGGUGCUGUCCCUCGAGCAGUGCCCCCCCACCAAGAGGCUGAAGACCAACCUCUGCAACAACGGCAAGGAGCAGCGAGUGGAGGAGGACCAGACCCGAGAGCAAAUGGUUUCAGAAGUUACGAACAACAGCGGGAGCCUCGAAGAGAGCUGUUUGUCCUGCGGGAGGAGGAACCCGGCCACCUUCCACCCGCUGUUCGAAGGGGGGCUCUGCCAGACCUGCAGGGAUAGAUUCCUGGAGCUCUUCUACAUGUACGAUGAGGAUGGCUACCAGUCCUACUGCACCGUCUGCUGCGAGGGCAAGGAGCUGCUGCUCUGCAGCAAUGCCAGCUGCUGCAGGUGCUUCUGCGUGGAGUGUCUGGAGGUGCUGGUGGGCCGAGGGACGUCGGCCAAGGCGAAAGAGCAGGAGCCCUGGAACUGCUACAUGUGCCAGCCCCAGAGGAGCUAUGGGGUGCUGCAGCGCCGGCAGGACUGGAACACGCGCCUGCAGGACUUCUUCACCAGCGACAAGGGGCAGGAAUACGCUGGAACCAAAAUCUACCCAACAGUCCCGCCAGCGCAGAGGAGACCUAUUCGAGUACUCUCUUUGUUUGCUGGCAUAGCCACAGGGUACCUGGUGCUGAAGGACUUGGGCAUCCAAGUGGAGAAGUACAUUGCCUCGGAGAUCUGUGAAGACCCCAUUGCUGUGGGCACCAUGCGGCAUGAGGGCAACAUCACCUACGUGCAUGAUGUCAGGAACAUAACCAAGAGAAACAUCGAGGAGUGGGGUCCUUUUGACCUGGUGAUCGGUGGAAGCCCCUGCAAUGACAUCUCCCUUGUCAACCCAGCCAGGAAGGGGCUCUAUGGUAAGGCUGCUUUGCCUCUACAGAGCUGGGUUUUCCUGAGUCAUUCCUGGGAAGGAACCGGGAGGCUGUUCUUUGAGUUCUACCACCUGCUCAACUAUGCCCGUCCCAAGGCAGGAGAGGAGCGUCCCUUCUUCUGGAUGUUCGAGAAUGUGGUGGCCAUGAGGGUCAAUGACAAGAGGGACAUCUCUCGGUUUCUGGAGUGUAACCCAGUUAUGAUCGACGCAAUCAAGAUAUCUGCUGCCCACCGAGCGCACUAUUUCUGGGGUAACCUUCCAGGCAUGAACAGGAUCUUUGGCUUCCCCCUCCACUACACAGACGUCUCCAACAUGGGCCGUGGCGCUCGCCAGAAGCUGCUGAGAUCGUGGAGUGUCCCCGUCAUCCAGCACCUCUUCUCCCCGCUCAAGGAUUACUUUGCCUGCGAUUAG